CAAGCUUGCGUGUCGGCAUGACUCCGUCACGGACUCCGUGGGCCACAUGGAUCGCGGCAGCAGCUCCAGUCUCGCUAGCAGCGCCACCGUUGGCACCAACACCAUCACCAGCGGCAUUUCCAAGGAGUGCGCCAAUUACCCCGUCGGCAGUCAGUCGGCCCGUCCAUACGUCCAACUGCCGGUCAUACACAUUUCCAACCCUCCCCAGUACGGGCCAGGGAAUAUGCAGGAAAUAGACGCUGGAAAAAUGGCGCACAACGGCAAGGCACUCACAGGGCGCUACAAUGCCACGCCCACCUGUGGCUUCGACAACGAGCAGAACUACUGCCUGUUGCCGUCUCCAAUGCCCCUCCACCAUACGCCUUGGCACGCGUGAGCAGCACACGCAACUUCGAGCUCGAGAACAACACAC